AUGGCGAAAAUCAGUAUCGAUGAUGAAGCGAUGGAUUUGGAAGAAGAAGUCGCCGGAUGGAAACAUUUGCCACCAGAGAUUCGUAUCAAUAUUCUAGCUCGGUUGCCAUUUCCAGACAAACAAAAUAUGACACUGGUCAAUUGGGAAACUGCGGAUUUGUGUAAACUUCUGCCGAACAAGCUUCACGAGUUGGGAAUCACGGAGCUUCCAUCAACAGCUAAAACGAUGCUCAUGAUGAAGUGGAAAAACGACGCAGGACGGGUUGUGAGUCGAAUGGUUGAAUUUCGUGGAACUUCUUUACGCCAAACCGAAUGUCCAGAGCACACUGCCGAAGCUAUGAGAGCAUUUUUGCGCAUCUGGAGAUAUUCGAAAAUCAAGAGUAUUAUCAUUGAAAUUCCAUGCUUCGAAGGUCUCUCGGGCAUCUGGGAGGAAGGAAUGGCAGGCAUUAAAACUAGCAUCGCGGUCCGCAGUUUCAACAUUCGCACCAACGACUAUCGUCUUGUAACCAAAGCACUUUCAGCUACGAAAAAUAAGGGACAGGAUAUAUCCCUCUUGGCAAACGAUCACGGUGGCAUGGAGACGGCUGUAUUUGAUAUCGAAAAAGUCAAAAAUGCUAGAAGUGUGAUUCUUUGGUCUCUUAUCAGCAACAUAAAAGACCAUCAAUUGCAUGCACUCUCCGCUCAUAAUAUCCGUCUACACAGCGAAUUCAUCACUUCGAAUUGUGUUGCAAAACUUAUACAGGAGUGGAAAGAGGGAAAGAGAUCGCUGGAACGUCUUCAUAUUACUUCUCCAUUGAUUGAUCUGGGUACAGUGGUCAGACAAGUUAGCGGAGUUUGUUGGAAGAAUAUGACAGAUAUCUGCUCAAUUAUCUGGCGAGAAGUUGAUGAGGAAGGAUACUCGUACGCCACACGUGGACCUACUUAUGAUAUUCCUGCAGCAAUCGGACUGAUUCCCGGUCCAGAUGGCACGAAUACAUUCAUAUUCCGCAUAAUCCGAAUGACUCGUGAGAUGUCGCGAGUUGUGUAUGAACGAUGUUCCGUUCAGUGUCCGAAUAUGGUCAGCUCCGAAGAUCUGGCCAGACAACAGCAACGCGUUUAA